AUGGGUAACUCAGUGGGCAGUGAUGGCGAUGAUGAGUACGAUGCUGCGGGGGCUACUGGGGUCCUGCUAGUGGGGUGUGCGUCUAGCCGCGAUGGUGAUGGCCACGAAGAACACGGCGGAGACGACAGUGCGGCAAUCUCUGUAAGCGUGGAGCCUCCUUUGCUCUGGCACACAGACUGGGCUGCAUGGAAGAUCUAUUUGGCUGAGUACUGCGAGCGUACCAAGCAAGUGUUGCCCGUGAAAGAGACCCUGUCUCGUGCAGAGCGUAUCAAGCGCUUAAAGUGUACUAAGAAAGGAAAAGAAGUCUCUAUGAAAGAAAACGAUGACUCCCUGUUGCUCCCCGAGGCGUUUGACCCGUAUCAGCGGACUUACAUUCGGACCCACGGUUGGAAAAAGAGGAAGUCACGCAGUGAAGGUGAAACGGGUGUCAUGUCGCUGGCGAGUGCACACAUGCGCCGUGUAUAUGGCCGAUUUAGCGAAGUGCUGCUAGUUGAUUGCAGCCACAAAACGAAUCGCUACAACUACCAGCUCCUUACUUUCAUGGCCAUGAACGAGUUCGGCGAAGGCGCUGUGGUGCUCGAGGCGAAUGGAGAUUGGCACAUGGAGAAAGCUAUCGCCCACUUUAAGAGAGCCCAUCCGACUCGGAUUAAUUUGAUUUCUGCUGACGACGCGAGCCAAGUCGACGCAGCAAUCCACAAAAUGGUGUAUGCUGCUUCGGAAGAAGACUACAAGGCUACGCACAAAACACUGAAGGGCUUGUGUGAAAGAAUCGGUCUGACGGGGUUUUUCGAGUACUUCGAGAAAAAUUGGGAUUCGUGCCAAGAUCGUUGGUUUAAGGAUGGAGUAGACAGCUCCCUGAGUAUGUCUAUGUGCGUGAAAGCUUUGGUCGCGUCUGACCGUCGAAUGCAGAACGAAUAUCAGUAUCGGCUAUCUCGAGUUGGCCAGUUCGUGAACAGCAACUAUGACGAAGAGAUGUCCAAUGUGCUUCGCAUUACUACCCACUAUGUAGCCAAGCAGAUUGAACAGCAGUGGACGAACUCAGACCGGAAACUGGAGAAGGUCAGACAGUUCUCCUAUGAGAAGUUCAAAGAUGCCAACUCGGGUCGCCGCGAGCAACGAGUGAAGACGCACGCGGAGCGCUACAGAGAGGCUGUGAGGGCCACACAUCUGAUCGCAACUGAGAUGGCAGAUAUUGAUGAUGAAAGCGAGUUUGAGGAGAUGCUGCAGUUCGUGCUAAACCAAUGGCGCAACGUACGCCAGCGUGAAAUCGCCGAUUUCGAGCAAUUCAAGGAAAACGGAGACGGCUUUAUUGAUACGGUUCAGAUCAAAGACGUCGGGAAUUUUUCACGCAUGCAGAUCGAGACGUUCAAGAAAGUUCAAGAUCUGAAGGAAUCGGUGCAACUCGGAGUGGACAUGCACAAGUGGCUCAUCGGAAAGGGACUGCCCUCAUUGCCUGCUAAAUAUCACGCCUUGGCGAACAAAGUUGCAGCUGACGUGUUAUCUGCGUACACGCGCAAGCAAGUCGACGGCCUCCCCAAUCUUCCUGACUUUGAAUACGCUAUGCUUUACAGAGCGACACCACCCAUAUUUGCUGGAUUUCAGUCAGCUAUUCCAAGCAAAACUCGCACGAGACGCAGUGACGCGGACCUAAUCGAUGUUUCGAUCCACGAGCGUGUUCUACAGCAAGUCCAUGCAUUUGGGGUAGACGUCGUGCUGCUGCCGUUGAAUUUUCCGAAGGCACACUGGUGCUGUGUGAUUAUCAAGGUGACGGAGAAGUGUAUACUUUACUACGACCCGCUGAACCAAGUUUCCUUCAUGAAUACAGCGAAGGCUGUUGCCCCGCAGCUGAAAAUUCGAGGUCUGCAAGAUUACACUGUCGUCGGUGGGAGACAACUGGACAUGAGCAACACCUCUCUGACAAGACGCCGAUUCGAGUUGUUCUACUAUUUGCCAUCCGGUCAACUUCUACCUCUGCAGGAUUUAACGAUACCGGAUCGCAUGGAACACGACGACACCUAA